AUGCCUCAGAGACUCUCGCACCCCAUGAGCCCAAGCCAAGUUUUGGAGAGCCCCAAGAGCGAUAAGACGGAGGAUAAUUUGGCCUCCUCCGAGGAAGAAGUUAGAACAGAUAAUUGUAAAACAUCAGAUGUUCAUUUGCCAGAUAUAGUAGAGAGAAAAGAAAAUAAUAAAUCUGAAAAAGAACCUGAAAAAGCAGAGCAGCCUUCAGAAAAUACAUUUAUCAGGAGACCACACGUAAUGUAUGCCAAAUUUAUAAGAACUAAUGAAAGAUCCUAUAAUGAACCAAUAUGCUACAUGGAGAACCCAGAUAUGAGAGGUGUUCAGGACCAUUAAGAGACUCCAAUAACAUCUUGCUAUGAGGAAUGGUGGACACAAAGAACAAUAGUGGAACAUCACUGUGUUCCAGCUUAUGAUACCCAGACUACCCAAAGAAAUGAUUUCAGAGUACCAGCUUGUCAGUUGGUUUUGCCAACCAAAUACAGCAGUAAACAAAAGCCUGCUUGUGGCAUAGUGCCAUUAGCAAUUAUGGAGUCAUUACCAGUAGUUGAAAGAAAAAUUACGGGUAACUUUCCUUUUAUACAUCGGUUUGAUAUCAGAAAAAGCACAAGUAGCUGUAUGCGAACAAAGCGUCACGGAGCUUUUAUGCAGACAGAGAUGCCACCAAGAGGGUCAAUAUGUCCUAGUAGAAAAGUAUUGGCUCCAGGGUCACGCUUACCAGAACAGGCCAGAACAGAGAAAGGAAACUCAGCAUCAAGCACAAGGACCUCUCUCAGUCUCCACCAGCCCCAUUCUCAAAGGUCUGAAAAUCACUUACCAGAAACAGACAGCAAAGAAGGAAGCAAGACAGACCUCACACCUCCUGGCAAGGAACAGAAGAGUCCAUACAUUUCUCGGGCAGGUGAAGUAAAUUUUCUCCUUCCCACCAAGGGAGAUUCUUUAUAUUCACUAUCCAAAUAG